GCGGCCAGAGCAGCAGCCAGGGCCAUCGGAGCAGUGCUGCGCCGCAGACACCUGGGUCGGCGCGCGGUAACCGAGCCCCAUGUGACCGUCUCCACCAACCCCAGACGCCGCAACAGCCUCGGAGUAAGCAGUGCCAUCACCGCCUCAAUCAUCGUGGAAGAGGAAGAGGACGAGCAGUCGCCUCCACUAUGGGAGCGAGCCAGGAGGAUGUCCGCCAUCUGCUUCGUAUGUAACCUGCCCAUCCUGAGUCACCAGGUGGGGCUGGUGCAUGACGAACUCAGAGCUGCGUCCCCCAGACCCCGAGUGGGUCGCAGGGACUCUUCCGCCCAGAUCACCACCAUCGAGCCUCCUCGUGAAGUGCGGGAGACUUCUCCUCCCACCUCCCGCAGGCGACGAUCUCUGGCACAGCUCACCGACAUCUUGCGAGAUUGGGGACGACGGGAUAUAACGGAACAGCGCUCCACCAGUACCUGUACGACCACCACCAGCACCCCGGUCGGUCCCCUCACUCGCAGGGAGAGUCGUGACCUUAGUCGAAGAGAAUCCAUCGCAGACAUCGCUAGGUCUCUACCAUGGCGACGAAAAGACUCGAUCGUCGAAGUUCCUCGCAUCAAAACUCGGCGGGAGUCUUCGGCCGAAAUGAAGAAGAGACGACAGAGCAGUACAGACAUUCGCUCAGACAUUGCCAAGUUCCUGGCCAGACGAGAGAGCGUUGCAGAAAUCCUACGGAGGCGGCGGGACUCCCUGGAACAGGAGAAGAAGGAGCGGCGCGACUCUACCACACAGGUUUAUACACGAUCAAGUCGCAAUAGUAUAGACAAAACGUCAUCACCUGAUCGGCCAGAAAUACAUUCUCCUCGGCACGUGUCUUCACCCGAACCCCGAGACCUGAUGCCCAGAACCAUCGUUACUACACAAGUGUCAUCAGAAUCCCAUGUUUCACAAACCUCGCUGGUGUCACAGGUGUCGACGGGUGGGAAGGACCCAUCAGACCCCGGAAUCAUGGAACCCAGGUCGCCGGUGUCGUCCCCGGCGCCCUCCUCCCCCACCACCACUAUACGUCGAGAAUCUACCACCCAGAUAUACCGCGGCAGACGAGACUCUCGGCCGCAAGUGUCGCCUGAGCGAGGGUCAGGACGAGGUAGUCGAGAGCCAUCACCCAAAUACCGAGGACUGAGGCGACAGUCGACGGCCAUCGAGGAAGGUCUUCCACUCCCUGGCUCACGUCGAGGCUCCCGACCCUCUUCCCCGACGCCCCUGAGACAGAUGGGCUAUCUAAAAAAUGCCGUCGAGACUCUGUCUCCCGACUCGGCGGCAGCGGAGGAGCUGUAUAUGGGUAGGAAGGCGCGACGGGACUCCCGACCCCAUCUGUCUCCAGAGGCCAGUGACUCCAACUCCAGGGAAACAUCUCCUAGAAGUCGACUCAGGAGACAGUCAACCACAGCGGCCGAGUACUGUGGUCGGGGCCGUCGACCUUCCCGCCUCCCUCGCUCCCCAGACUCUUCCUCAACUUUUUCCAGAGAACACUCGCCAAAAGAGCGAGGUCUUCGACGUCAGUCAACCACCGAAGAAAUCUUACUGUCUCGGGGAUUUCGUCGACAGUCGACAACAGAGGACAUAAUGCGAGCCCGUAACUUCCGUCGGCAGAGUACCCAGAGUGAGGAGAUGUCACGCCUGGGGCGCAGAGACUCCAGCGCCCAGAUCACCGACGGCACCUUAGCUACCAUGACUGUUGAGACCUCGUGUGCCUUCUUCGACACCUCGACCAGUAAGAGAGAGACCAGUUCUCUCUACGACAACAACAAUUACCAUGAGGAAUGUCUCCGCUGUAACUCCUGCGGGCUCAACCUGACCGGACCUAACCAGACCCGGGCGAGGCGCUACAAGAACCAGUUCCUUUGUGACCUUCACUUUGCUGACGUUGCCCUCAUGGAGACGUCAGACUUCCUGCAACAGCUGAGGUCCUUCAAGCCACAGAGUCUCGGGUGCGCUGUCGCCAGAAGGAAAUCAUCAACCACCCUCAUCUUUCCUCUACCUCCUCAGGCCUGUGCAGAUGAGUUCUGCCCUGGGUACCCGCACAGCCUCAUACCAACUCCUGGGUACUGGAUCGAGUGUGCAGGACAGACUGUACCCGACGAUACCAUCUGGGAUGAGUCAGAACCCGAGCUGGAGGACGGGUCCCCCCAGAGCGACCACCCAGAUAAGGCGGACCAGAACAUCCAGGUUUGUCCGGGCGGGCAGGUUCCCGUCAUCAACGAGCCGUCGCGCCAGAAGACGUGUAUUCAGGAGCAGUGGGAGAGGAAUGGUCAGUUUGACUUGACCAGCAUCGACCAGGAGACCUACGAGAAGUACUUCUAUGGCUCUGAACAUUGGAACUACUUCACCCAAGACGAGGACCUUGGCCCUGUCAUACUCUCGCUCAAGCAGGAGACGUCCAACGGCAGAGACCAGUUCAGGAUCAUGGUACGAGGGAUAUCCUACACGGUACACGGCCUGGUCCCCGCCUCCUGUGUGUUCGCUGAUCGCUACAACAGAGAGGAGGUGGUGAGGUCUUUCGGCAGAGAGAUAAACCUCAAUCCGCCUCUGGUGUUAGGCCAGCUGCCAGACAUCCCCGAGGAACUGCUCAAACUCGACCAGGUGUUCAUCAAGAGUGAGCUGAAGGUGGGUGUGGUGUACGUGAGGGAGGAACAGUAUACAGAGGAAGAGAUCCUGGACAACAACGACACCUCACCGCUGUUUGAAGAGUUCCUGCAGAUCCUGGGCGACAAAGUGAGGUUAAAAGGCUUCGACAAGUACAAGGGCGGGCUGGACACUGUACACGACCUUACAGGACUCUAUAGUGUGUACGCCCACUGGAGGAACAUUGAGAUUAUGUUUCACGUCUCCACCUUACUGCCCUAUGAGAAGCACGACCCGCAGAAGUUACAGCGGAAACGACACAUCGGAAACGACAUCGUGUGUGUGGUGUUCCUGGAGGCUGACAACACCCCCUUCUCCCCGGCCUGCAUCAAGUCCCAUUUCCUUCACACCUUCAUAGUGGUCAGAACGAGUCCCAGGAUCAAAUUCAAACCCACUCGGUAUGAGGUAGCAGUGGUGUCUAGGGAUGAAGUUGGGGCCUACAAACCGUACUUAUGGGAGCAGAGUUGUUUCGAGAAGGGCCCCAUGUUUCGUGAGUGGCUCCUGACCAAGAUCGUGAAUGGGGAGAGGGCCUCUUACUCUGCCCCAAAGUUCGCCCGUAUGCAGGACCGAACCCGGUCACAGAUGCUGGAAGACCUCGUCAAUAAUCUUCAGAACCAUGCUGAGACUGGCCAGAUUCCCAAACCUUACAGACGCGGCUCUUGGCGGCCCAUAGGUCAUAUGCGUCCCUCGUCGCCACUGCUGGACUCAGUUCGCGACUUGUUCGAGGGCCAUGACCAACUGGCCAAAGACUUCACCCGUGCCUUCCACAACAGCGAAAACCAGUUCAACAAUAUGCUCUAUGACGUCACCUUCAUGGUCGGCGCUGGCAAGGAAAAGUGUAAGCUCUUUGGGGUGAGAGCGAUCCUUGGCGUCCGCAGCAGGGUGUUCCAGGAGAUGCUCUAUGGGUUCAGUACAGGGUUCGGAUCACCGCAGGUCUCGGUGGCGGACAUACUGGCUCGGGCUGUCCCCACCCUCCACUCUCCCUCACACAAACCUAAGAGCUCCAACUUCCUCCAGGUGCCAGACAUCGAGACACCACGACCUAAAAGUGUACCAAACUCCCCUAUCGUGAUGCGCGCCUUCUCCCGCCUCGGCACUCUGACCUCAGGCUGGGGAAGGUCCUCGAAGAAGCAUGACCGCCUUUCCGUCGAGGACAAGAAGAAAUGGGCUUCCUCACAGGACUGUUCAGGCAAGGACGGCAAGGAGAGGCAGGGAGACAAGAAUGCCCUGGCGGUCCCUCGACUGAGCGUGUGUGCUGACGGAGGCAAGGUGGACCGGGCGAGGCUCUGCCAGGCGGAGUUUACAAUCAUCGAGUUCGAGCAAGACACCCUCAGGAUUUUACUCGACUACCUGCAUACUGGCUCUUGUCCGCUUACCUGUACCUCCAUACCUGGGCUAAUUUGCGCCGCCGAACACUACGACUUACCUGAGCUACUCCAGGCCUGUUUCCACCAUGCCAAGCAGUUCCUACGUAUUGAAGUGGUGUGUAACAUGUUAAGCAGCCUGGAGAACUACUACUGGCGCUACACCUCUGCGUCUGAACUCGUUAACAUGAUUCUUGCUUUCGUUGAGACCCGCGCCGUACAGGUGUUCCAAAUCCCGGACUUCAUGCAACUGUCUGAGUCGAUGGUGCACAUGAUGAUGGCCCGUAACCUGGAGGUGGCCGAGAUCACCAAGUUCGAGGCAAUGUUAGCUUGGGCCAAGAACCGAGUCAAAACUAAAGGCGGAUCUAAGGUCGAUUCCCGGGUCGAGUUCCGCUGUAUCAUGGAACGUCUGACCCGGGAGCUGAAGCUGUAUAGGAUAUCCCCGCAGGAUCUUAUCAAGAUUGUGUUACCGAGUAAGGCCAUCAAGAAUGAGCGCAUCCUGGAAACCCUCAUGUUCCAGGCCAACUCUGGCAUGUACCGGAUCAAUGACUCAUACCUAGAGGCUUGUCAGCAACGACUCCAGAAACAGGACUCCAAGUUCAGCGAGUGGGAGUCCUUUGAUUAUGGCCUAUAGCACCCACAGGUCCUUUGCCGGCAGGCUACAUCAGGAUCCUGAGGGGUCACCCAUGGCAAUUCAAACCCGGUUCUUAACAUUAUUGGUAAAGUGAGACUGUUUCACUGUCAUGGUAAGGAGUUCAGACCAGACCCAACUGGGCAGACUUGAAACUCAACUACAUGGACUUUAAACUCAAUUCGGCAGACGUCAAAUGCAAUUAGAUGAACGUUAAAGUCAAAUGCGUGGACGUCAAACUCAAUUGCAUGGAUGUCAAAACACAAUGGAAGUAUUUCUCAUUCACUGGAUGAUCUCAAAUGCAUUUAACUUGCGUGUAUGUAAUGAAGAUUUUUCGCCUCUUCUUCGUUAACAUUAACUGCUGUGUGGGAUACAUAACAUGAGUGGCGGGCACCUCGUGUAACCCUGACCCAACACCAUAGCAUCAGUCUUGAUAACAACAAAAACGAAUCUAAUAUCUGUAUGACAUUUGUAUGAGUUAUCAGCUGAGAUUCUCUUAAACACUUGAAUCUUUAAACCAACUUGGCUUUUAAAAUCUGGUAACUGUGAUUAACUGUUAAGUGUGACUGGGGAGAAGAAAUACUAGAGCCAGUUUAUUGGAUUAUAAUUCAUGUGUACGUUAAGUACUAUCUUUCAAGACCACAAUAACUUGGUAGCGCUAAUCGAGGCCAAUUAGUCUUAUGUUGUUUUGUACUGAUAAUCAUGGCAUUGGCUGCUUCAACCCAAGAAUUUGAAAACGCUGAACUUUCAUGGUUUUUGGUUUCACUUUCACUAUUCAACAGUUUACCUUCAAAUGAUCCACCUUACAACAGUUGGCAUUUUAUCAACUCACAAGUCGGGAUUAAGUAUUUAGGGUCUUAUUGUUUUAAUCUCCCGUUGUUGUCAAGAAAAUAUCUAACCAUGGGGGAAGCAGGACUCCUUUAUCCUCUUUGCCGCUGAUCGGCUCGUUAGCCAGUCAUUAAACACAACUUUCUGUGUUCAUUCGUAAGUUUACUGAAGACAAGAAUAACCAUUAACAUAAAGCUACAAUAAUAUAUAUAUUAUAAUUUUGAUUUUAAAGUUAGAGGAUUGUCGUGUCGUUCCCAGGCCAUCCAAACAAAGAGAAGUGUCAAGAAGUUAACAAAAUACUGUACAAUGUUUAAUUUUUUCCAGCGACCAACUGUAGAAACUAGUGAUGUUUAAUUGCGUACAUACUUUACAAUUGGUUAUUUGAUAUACGGUCCCUUAUUAAAACCAGGUGUAACUUAUAUAAUACAAGAGGAGUCAUUUAACUUUAUUAUGAAAUUAGCUUCCAAAAAUAACCUUUUGAAAUCAUCUUAUGAGGUACAAAUCUUCUCCCUUGGAUUAUAUUUUUUCUAUGGUUCUCAAACUUUAGUGGAAAUGUAGAGGAGAAUUUUCUUUUCUUCUUUUUUUUUUGUAUAAUGACUGGAGCAACACGUUGAUCGAGGAGGGAAAGAAAAUGUCAACAGUAAACGAUGUUGUUAUUGACUCAUGAGGUUUAUCGUGUGUUUAUGUCGGCAAGCAAUUGAUGGUCUUAGUUAUAGGGAAAGUAACUACUGUCAUAAAGGAGAUGUGGUACUAUUCUUAUAGUACCAGGAGAAUAUUCUGAGAUGCUGCGUUGCGUGUUGUUGAUGUGCAGGUUUGACUGUAUCAAGCAUGAGACGGUAGAAAUGACAGCCGAGGAAUAGAGGUCACGAAUUGAAUAAAUUAUAGAACCAUAAGGAUAACUACAGUACUUCUGAUUGGAUAAAUAAACUGUGUCAAUCAACCAAGACUAACAUUAUGAAGCGAUCACAGAGAUAGAUAAGGGAUAUAAGUAGCAGAUGGAAUAUGGAAGUUUAGCAUCAACACAGGGAGGAAGUUGUGUCUCACUUGCCACACCAACUAAAAGAUAUAUAGAUAAUUAUUCACUACAGUCGUCAUACAAAUUUACAAUUGAUUAGAAACGUCCAUCAGUAACUUGUGGGACAUUGACAGAAACCCUCAUGCGCUCUGUGUACAUUGUUUCACUCUAUUCGUUAAUAAUAUUUUGUGAGGAGAUUUAUGUGACAAUAUCAAUUCUCAAUCAUCAAUCAGUUAGAGGAAGUUUAUAAAUAAGAGCCAUUAAUAUCUAUAUUAUGAGUAUUUUAAAGUAAGACUCAUAUUGUUAUCGCUUAUAGUUGGUGGCCUCGUCUUCAGUGAUACUCCUUUGCUGUCUAACCAAUCUUGUUAUUAUUCUACUGUUGUGUCUCCUCAAAGUUAUCGUUACCUCAACUCCAUGUUUAUCUUUUUAUCUUUCUUUUUUUCGUUUAUCAUUCAUCACUUCUCAGCUUAUUAACCAUUCGGGUGGUUGGUCGAUUCUUUGUUAUUUAUUAUGACCAAGAUUUUUG